CCCAGCCAGCAGGGCCACAGAGCUGAGCGGAGCUGAACCGGGAGGAGAACAGAGUUUCGCCGAAUACACGAGACGGUGUGUCCCGGUGUCGGAUAACUAUCACGCUGCAUUCUGGACAUUUUCUUUUUUUUCAAAUUCCUCGGAACCAGACAAGUGGCUGCAGGUUGAAGCUGCCAGAGAGGAGCCGCCCAGACGAGACGCUAACGGGAGUGGCCGGCUGCAGUCUAGCUGAAGAUGUCUGAUAAUGGGGAGGUCGAGGACAAGCCCCCAGCUCCACCCAUGAGGAACACCAGCACCAUGAUUGGCUCCUGCAACAAGGACCCCGCCCCACUCAACCACGGCUCCAAGCCCCUCCCACCCAAUCCGGAGGACAAGAAGAAGAAGGACCGCUCGAUCCGGUUCAUCUUGACGGGGGGAGGCGACAAGACCUAUAAGAAGAAGGAGCGUCCAGAGAUUUCCCUGCCUUCUGAUUUUGAACACACCAUCCAUGUCGGCUUCGACGCCGUUACCGGGGAGUUUACUGGCAUGCCGGAGCAGUGGGCCCGGCUCCUGCAAACGUCCAACAUCACCAAAUUGGAGCAGAAGAAGAAUCCUCAGGCCGUCCUCGACGUUCUAAAGUUCUACGACUCGAAAGAAACGGCCAACAGACAGAAGUACAUGAGCUUCACAGAUAAAAAUGCAGAUGCCUACAGCUCCUCCACCACAACGAGCUCCAAGGCCGUGUCAGAGACGCCCGCCAUAGCAACCGUUUCUGAGGACGAUGACGAAGAUGAGGCCGAGCCCCCGCCGGUGAUCGCCCCCCGACCAGAGCACACCAAAUCAAUAUACACUCGCUCGGUGAUCGAGCCCUUCCCUCUUCCUCCUCCCACCAAAGAUGCCGCGACCUCGCCCAUCUCCCCGCCGCCGGCCGCCGGGGCCUCCAACGCCACGGCCACGGUCACCUCCACGGCCACCUCCACCGCCACCUCCACCGCCACUACCACUACCACCGUCACUGUCACCGCCACCGCCGCCAGUGUCACUCCCGCCGCCCCUUCGGACGGAGAUCCCAGCAGCCCUCCCAGUGCGAGCCCCGCCCCCGGGCCAUCAGUGCCACGCCCCCUGGACAAAACCAGGAAGAAGAAGAUGUCGGACGAGGAGAUUCUGGAGAAGCUACGGACGAUCGUGAGUGUGGGAGACCCCAAGAAGAAAUAUACUCGCUUCGAGAAGAUCGGACAGGGGGCGUCUGGAACAGUGUACACAGCCAUAGACAUCGCUACAGGACAGGAGGUUGCCAUCAAACAGAUGAACCUGCAGCAGCAGCCCAAGAAGGAGCUGAUCAUCAAUGAGAUUCUGGUGAUGAGGGAAAAUAAGAACCCCAACAUUGUCAACUACCUGGACAGUUACCUGGUGGGUGACGAGCUGUGGGUGGUGAUGGAGUACCUGGCCGGAGGUUCGUUGACUGAUGUCGUCACGGAGACCUGCAUGGAUGAAGCCCAGAUAGCUGCCGUGUGCAGAGAGUGUCUCCAGGCAUUGGAGUUCCUCCACUUCAACCAGGUCAUCCAUCGAGACAUUAAGAGCGACAACAUCCUACUGGGCAUGGACGGCUCAGUCAAACUCACCGACUUUGGCUUCUGCGCCCAGAUUACCCCGGAGCAGAGCAAACGCAGCACCAUGGUGGGGACUCCGUACUGGAUGGCCCCGGAGGUCGUGACCCGCAAAGCCUACGGCCCCAAAGUGGACAUCUGGUCCCUGGGCAUCAUGGCCAUAGAGAUGGUGGAGGGGGAGCCGCCCUACCUGAAUGAGAACCCACUGAGGGCGCUGUAUCUCAUAGCAACCAACGGGACGCCGGAACUGCAGAACCCGGAGAAGCUGUCGACAACAUUCAGGGACUUCCUGAACCGAUGUCUGGAGAUGGACGUGGAGAAGAGAGGGUCUGCAAAAGAGCUGCUGCAGCACCAGUUUCUGAAGAUGGCGAAGCCCCUAUCCAGUCUGACUCCUCUCAUCGUGGCUGCUAAGGAGGCAGCCAAGAACAACCGCUAGCGAGACUUGCACUCCUCUGUCUGUCCCUCCCUCCCUCUCUCUCUCUCUCUCUCUCUCUCUCUCUGUCCGCCAUCCUUCCUUCCUAUCUCUUUCUUUUCCUCCUCUGUUUUUCUUGGUAGACAGGGAGAGCAGCGACGGAGCAAGCCUUCAGUCCUUCUCUCCCUUCUUCUUUUUUUUCUUUUCUCUUUUGCAACCGGCACCGACUUCUCCUUCACCUCGUAACCUUUGACCCCAAGCUUGACCGACCCUAAUAACCCUCACAGGGAGGAAGAUGGGCAGUUUCUUCGUGUAACUUUUUGUUCGCUGGACUUGAUCAGGAAGAUGAGA